ACGGCUGGAUCGGGAUAUCGGGAGAGCCGGAAGAGUCGCGGAAGGAGACGUUGCGGUUUCCACAAACGGUUCGUCUUUAACCGGAUCAGCUGUACCGGGACGGGACGCGCUCUCCAGCCGACUGGACUGAAGCUUUGUCUGGGUGACGUGAGAGUUGAGCUGAUUGAAGAUGUGGAAAGCUGCUGCAGGUCAAAACGUCAAGGUUGCCGUUGAUGACGGCGGAGACGACUGGGAGACAGACCCGGACUUUGAGAAUGACGUGUCGGAGAAGGAGCAGCGCUGGGGGGCGAAGACGGUGGCCGGGUCGGGACACCAGGAGCACAUCGACAUCCACCGGCUGAGGGAGACCGUCUCCACGGAGCACACCAGCCUGAAGCAGAAGGAGCUGGAGAACAUGCCCAAGGCGUCGCACGGCUAUGGCGGCAGGUUCGGAGUCCAGCAGGACCGCAUGGACAAGUCUGCUGUGGGUCACGACUACCAGAGCAAACUGUCCAAGCAUUGCUCCCAGACCGACACGUCCAAAGGCUUCGGAGGGAAGUACGGCGUCCAGGCCGACCGCGUCGACAAGUCGGCCGUCGGCUUCGAGUACGCUGGGAAGACGGAGAAACACGCGUCGCAGAAAGACUACACCACGGGGUUCGGCGGGCGGUAUGGCGUUCAGGCGGAUCGGGUCGACCAGAGCGCGGUCGGCUUCGACUAUCAAGGCAAAACUGAGAAACACGAGUCGCAGAAAGAUUACGCCAAAGGUUUCGGGGGAAAGUUUGGCGUGGAGACGGACAAAGUGGACAAGAGCGCCGUGGGCUUCGAGUACCAGGGCAAAACGGAGCGGCACGAGUCGCAGAAAGACUACGUAAAAGGCUUUGGUGGGAAGUUUGGUGUUCAGACGGACCGGCAGGAUAAAUCGGCGCUGGGUUGGGAUCACCAGGAGAAGCUGCAGCUUCACGAGUCUCAGAAAGAUUAUUCCAAAGGAUUCGGAGGGAAGUUUGGCGUCCAGGACGACCGCAUGGACAAGCGCCGGGGGAAGUUCGAGGACGUGGAGAAGCCGUCGUCGUCCUACCAGAAAACCAAACCUGUGGAAGCUGCGGGCAGCAGCACAGGAAGCAUCAAGGCUCGCUUCGAGAACAUCGCCAAGCAGAAGGAGGAGGAGGACCGGCGGUUGGCCGAGGAGGAGCGGGCGCGGCGCCAAGCCAAGGAUCAGGAGCAGGAGGCGCGCGCGGCGAAAGCGGAGCGGCCGCCGUCCCCCGUCCACGCUCCCAGUCCCAGCCCCGCUCCCCCAGUCCAGCCUGCCGCAGAGCUCCAGAACUCUCAGAGCGAAGCUGCGAACGACGAGCAGCUGUACGAGGAGACGCAGGACGCCUACGAGCAGCCGGACCUGUACCAGAACCCCGAUGAGGCCGCGGCUCCAGCAGAUGAGCAGCAGUACGAGUACGGAGACGACCUCGGCGUGACGGCUGUGGCUCUCUACGACUACCAAGCAGCCGGCGACGACGAGAUUUCCUUCGACCCCGAUGACAUCAUCACCAACAUCGAGAUGAUCGAUGAGGGCUGGUGGCGCGGCGUCUGCAGGGGCGCCUACGGCCUCUUCCCAGCCAACGUGGAGGUCCGGCAGUGACUCGGCCCGGCAGUGACUCGGCCCGGCAGUGACUCGGCCCGGCAGUGACUCGGCCCGGCAGUGACUCGGCCCGGCAGUGACUCGGCCCGGCAGUGACUCGGGAGGCAGUGACUCGGCCCGGCAGUGACUCGGCCCCCCGUCUCUUCCUAAAGCCGAGAUGUUUCCAGAGUUUCUAUCUUUUGAGUCGGGCCGAGCCUUGAACUCGACCUGUAGAGUAUUAUCAUGUUUGGAAUCAUGUCCUGUUUGGUCAUUUUUAAACUUAUUUCUGUUCGUUUCGCUGCUUCGAAUGUUUCGGUGUUUUAGUUUUUUCUGUCUUAAUGUUUCCUCGCCACCAGGGGGCGCCUGCUGCCGGCGUCCGGCUGCUCUGAAGGGAACAAAGCUCCGACUUUAAUUCAUCUCUGGGUUUUCUAAUGAAGUGACCUUUUCAAAUGGAUUAUUUUUAUCUAUUAGCUUCAAUCGCAUCAUUAUCUGCUUUUUCAUUUUCUUUUUUUUAUGUUUCAAUAAAUAAAGUAUGAACAAUUAACA